AUGGCAGCACCCCGGGAGCUGUGCCGGCCCGGCAGCGAGUGCUUCCUGCGGCCAGGCAGGACGUGUGGGGCGGGCAGUGCCAGCUUUCCCCCUACAAAAAUAACAAUUGUUCGAGCGAACCUGCGGGCCCUCAGAAAACUCCCAGAGACCCCAUCCCACCUGCGGCCCCCGGGGGGCCCUGCCGGGGGAGAACUACCCGGCCCGGCCUGCCCCGCGGCGGCCGCCGCAGCAGCUCCCGCCCUGCCCCGCUGCGGGGGAGGAGGGUCCGCAGCUCCCGGCCUGCCCCGGGCUCAGCCCGCAUCGGGCGGGGAACAGGCGGCAGCCCUGGAUGAGGGGAUCCCGCCGAGCGGGGGCUGCAGCCCGGCCCGCCGACUGAGCGGCCUGCCGAGGAUUCCUCCGAGGAGGACCCCCAGGCGCUGCGGCCCCGCCGGCUUCAAGUCACCGGUUCCAUCUCCAGGGUCCUGCCAACUUACUGGAACCAGUGAAGAAGCCCUGCGGUAUGAAAUCGAAGAGCUGAAACAGAAAGACCUUGCUCUAGACAAGGAAAUUGCACAAUUAUUGUCUGAUGGCUACAGCCUGGAGGAACUGGAGAAGCACAUCUCUCUGCUCCAUGUGUAUAACGAUAUUAAAGAUGCUGGACAGAUGCUGCUGGGCAAGCUGGCUGUUAUCCGAGGGGUUACUACAAAGCAGCUCUACCCUGAAUACGAUCUGGAGCUUAGUGACUAGGACUGAAGCUGAAGACUGUUACACCCUGCAAAAAUGACUGUUGUUGGGCCAUUAUGUUUUGGUGUUGUGCUGGUUUAGAACAGACAUGAGGUACCCUUGGAAAUAUGUAUGUUGAACUGCAACAGAGUAUGGGUUCAGUGCCUUAUUUCUAAGAAACUUUGGUCAGUUGAAGUUGUUGAAUCUAUCAGCUCUUUCUUGCUUGUGGGAAAGGGAUGUAGAGGGUUGGAUAAUUUUGUCUACUACCCAAUCAACAGUAUUUUUAUUUAUUUAUUAGAAAGGUUGUAACUCAGUUUGGUGUUAUGACUCUUCCCAUAGAGUCUUUGCUUCUCUACAACAUCUCUACAAUAGACAAAGUGAGGACAUACAAAUGUGCAAUGUCAUAGCUGCUUUGAAAAAAAAAAAAAAGAAAAAACUCAGAAGUAGAGGGAAGAAGGCUGAGGUUUUGGCUUGGGGGUGUUGUUUUGGUUUGUGAUCAAUCUGGCUAAGUCUGGAUUUUUUGCAUUUUUGUACUCAGGUGCUCUGGUAUCUAGAGGUUUUGUAUCAUUUCUGUAGUAAAUGGUAAAAUGUGAA